AUGGCGUCUAAUUCACUGAGGCAGGCUUCGAAUGCUAUUAAAUGGGCUAGCGAUCGGUCGACCUGCCGUCGCUCCCAAAUGGAAUUACAUAAGUCAGCCACGGAAGAGUGGUCCACUGUCUUCUUUGUUCGUGGGCAAGAAGUGGUCUACUAG